CAGAGGUCAAAUGUUGCACACAACCAAACAUGUUGAUAGAAGAUCGGGUUGAGCUAGCCUCAGUUUCCUUUGUUUACUCAGUCUGCAUUUCAGAACAGCUGAUACGUCCAUUUCAGCACUGCCGCGAUACUGCCAGCCAGCGUGUUGUAGCUUUGACUUGUCCUGCGACCACUGACACCAAACAUACAACCUCAAGCGGAAUGGUAGCACUCGAAAAAACAGACAUGUUUCACAGUUGUUAUUUGUAGUGGUUUAAGACUAGCGAUAUUCGAACGUUCUGUCUGUAUUGCGUCGCCGUGCAUACACCUUGCUUUCAUUGCCUCACGCAACAUACCGGUAGGCCGAGUAGCAACGAUGUACCAGCAGAAAUAAGUGAUUUAAUCGGUUUUUGGUUCAAAGAACAUCCACAAGUCAACAUUUUAACCUGGCUGCAUGCUUUUUGUUAUUGUUGUAACAGUCCAUUCGAGCACCGAAUGGAAACUGUGUAUAUGUAGUCUAGUCGUGGUGUUCUCAUCUCAUUAAUUUGUCAUUAUUGUCAUGGUAGGCUAGUAAACAGUGCAUUGUUACACUGUUAUGGUUGAGAUUAAGGAAGGAGUCAAUUACAUUGUGUUCAUUUAAAGUUUUAUGAACUGAAAUGAGUCAUUUCAGAAUAUGGGAUUAGCCAAACUCCCUAAUUAUGUUCAUUUAAAUCUGACGUUGCCUAUUAAGAUGCUGCCUGAUGUUGCCUAUUUCACGUGACAUGUUUUUGUUUCACAAGUGGCUUGCCUUAAACACAAGACACUAUUGAUUAUGAGGUGGCUGCAUGCCCCUCCCCCCCCUUGGUGUUUCAUGUGCAGUUUAAUUUUAGCUCAGCUUUUCAAAAAUGUAUACAGAUCAGAGUAUAUUGGGAUUGCCUGAAAUAAGAGAAUGACAUAUAUUAGAAACGUUGUUGGUCCUGUAUGACUCAGUUAGUAGAGCAUGGCACUUGCAACGGAUUACGGGUUCAAUUCCCUGUUUACAGUACAGUCUCAUCCCGGUGUAAUAAGUUUAACAUUACACAUUUUCCUUUAAUGGCUUGAAUAUGUGUCUAACAGCCACUUCAUGGCUUUUUUGAAAUAGUGAAACAUUAGUUAUACUUUUUAUAUAAAACUACUAAAUAUAUUCACCAAAUAAUGUAUUAAAACACACUGUUUUGCAAAGGUCUACAGUAGCUUAAACAGCACUCUGUGGGUCAGCACCAUGGUGUAGCCUGAGGACAGUUCGUUUAAGUCCUCCUCUGGGUACAUUGACUUCAAUACAAAAUCUAGGAAGCUCAUGGUUCUCACCCCCUUCCAUAGACUUGGACAGCAAUAAUGAAAACUCAGGUUGGAGGACGUCCUCCAACCUAUCAGAGCACUUACAGCAUUAAUAUAUGUUGUCUACUCAGUCAAAGGAUCAGAGUUUAAAUGUAGUUCUAAAAGCAUAAGCUACAGCUAGCUAGCAUUGCAGUGCAUAAAAUGUGACUCAAAGAGAGUGAAAGACAAUAGUUUUACAGUUUUGAACAAAUUAAUUUCUUUAUAAAUGAACGACAGGGAGAGAGCUAUAUUUUGUUGUAUUUAUUUUUCACUUUCUCUUAGCUAGCGAAUGCAGCUAGAUAGCAUCCCUCUCUGUUUGAGUAGGCUAAACUAUGUUAGCUAGCUGGGUAUGGCUAUACAACAUUGGAACUCUUCCAAGUCAAGGUAAGCUUUUGGUUUUAUUAAUUUAUUGCCACCGGGGCCUGCCUGUCAGUGUAACUGCUAAACUGCUUGCUGACUGUACUCUACUGCAUGAUUGUAGCAGGUUUACUAACAUGUUAGUUCUAGUAGCUAUGUUGAUUAUGAUAUUAGCUAAUAUGUUGACAACUAUGUAGGCUGUGUGUAGCGGUUAUGUUAUGAAGGUUUGGCUUGGAAAGUUUUUUUUGCCUGGACACAGGCAGUUAAUGUGUUGUGCUAUGAAGUCCACAAGCGAAGGAAAAAGGUGAGAGGAGGAGAGAGCUUUGAUGCUAGAGAGAAUUAUAUGAGCAAAAUUAUCAUGUUUGUAUGUGGAUGCUAUGAAAGUGAACUGUUUUCAUGAUCAGGGGUGUGAUCAUUCUGCCAAUUCUGUUGAAAUCCGUUUCUUAAACGGAAGCAAAUGAAACUUGGAUAAACAUACCUGAAUUUGUCCAAUAGAAACUCUCGUUUGCAACUGUUGGACUAAUGAUUACGGCCUAGAUCAGCUAGAUGCAGGCAAGAGUCUGCAAGGCGGUAUUGAAUGUGUCGGUCUGUUACCUUGAUUACUCAUAAUGUUCUCUCAACCUGUGCACCUACGUUGUAAAUGUUUAUUCAUAGGCUAGGUUGUAGCAGCCUCAUGAUGGGCAUAGGGAAAAUUUGAGUAUCAUGUAGUAGCUUAAACCUAUCAAUGUUUUAUUGAGCAGGAUGAAUGGAAUAUGAAUAACAGUCAUCCAAUAUGCUAUAAUAGCAAUAAGGCCAUGCUCAUAAUAAAAAAAAAAAUCUUCCUCCCUCAUCUUAAACGUCACCGACCACUACUGGUGUCUAAUGGUUUCUCUCUUGUGUUUCCCUAUGCAGUUUCAUCUGUUGAAAUGAGUGUGCGUGCGGGGCAGGGUAGCGACGAGGUUCUGGUGUCCCAAGCAGUGUGGGACUACUUGGCCGCCGCCGGCCGGCCCUGGCUCAUAGACUUCCAGGACAAGCAGGGCCUCAGCGCAGGCAUUAUCCGCAGAGGGGAGCGGGGAGGCUGCUGCGCAGUGCGGCUACGCCCCGUAGAGGGCUCCCGUUCUGGGGGAGGACCAGGGAUGAUGGAGGGGGGACCCAUCUCCAAUGAGACGCGCAAGUCCUUCAUAGACUUAUGCCGCUGUGCCCGGAAAGAGAUGAGCAAACAGGAGGGGGGUCCUAAGUGGAAGAGGUCCGUGCUGCCCUGUGUUGGGGUGAGGGUCCUGGAGGGGGAUGGAGAGGGGAGCCUGCUAACACCUCAGCCUCCCCAGCCCAGACGCUCUCAGAGGCAGCAACAGAGGUGUAGAAAGCCUGCGGAGGAAGAGGCCUGUGUGAUCCUCUCCAACUCCAUGAACUGCAUGUCCCACGAUGCAUCAGGACAGAGGAAGCAGGACAACAUGGAAGUCAACUGCAGUAUGAUGGCAUCUUCUCAUAGCCACUCCCAGAGUGAAGCGGACGACCACACCUCAUGUUCCAUCUGCAUGGGAGACAUGGUGGAGAGGACCACGCUGGAGAGGUGUGGCCACACAUUCUGCCGGUCAUGUCUGGACCAGGCCUUCAAGGUGAAGAGAGCAUGUCCGGUGUGUCGUCUGGUGUACGGCCAGCUCAUAGGGAAUCAGCCGGCUUCCGGGACUAUGAUGGUGGAGAGGGACCCAGAUCUGGAGUUGUCGGGACAUGAGGGCUACGGGUGUAUCUGCAUCAUCUAUAGCUUCACACCUGGUCUACAGGCGCCAGAGCACCCUAACCCUGGUGUAAGCUACCCGGGUACGGACCGCGUGGCUUACCUCCCAGACAGCCCAGAGGGGAACCGGGUCCUGGGCCUGCUCCGCCGGGCCUUUGAGCAGCGCCUCAUCUUCACUAUAGGGACCUCCAUGACUACGGGAAUGCAUAACGUCAUUACCUGGAAUGACAUCCACCACAAAACCGCCAUAUGGGGCGGACCACGCUGCUUUGGCUACCCAGACCCCACUUACCUGGUGAGAGUGACUGAGGAACUCAGAGAGAAAGGCAUCACUGCGGACUGACCGUCCAGAUUUCAGAAUGUUCCAUUCUAGGAACACUAGGAAUUCUAGGAACCUCUAGCUGUCCUGCUGCUGGUGUUUGCUAGGCUCCUGGACCUAGACCCAGCAGGGCUGUGGAUGAAUUCGACAGGGGACAGGGCUUUUAGCUCCACAGCAGAAACAGGACUACGAGACUCUCGUAUCACUCCAAGACCUCUUUUAUGUGGAAAAUCCUAACUUCCACUUAAAUUGAAUUUUCAUUUAAUCAUGCAUUGAUGUCCAUGGGAGACCAUUCAACUUAAGUGGAAGUGAAAAUUUGUCUUAAGUGGAAUUUAGGUUUCACCCUUAGGUAUCUAUCUUCUGCUCAAUCCAGCAGCACUUUGUGUGGAAGAAAGCAUAAAAGUGAGAGCAAUGUUAUUUUCUGUGUAACACAAUCCUCUACCUUUCACCUGGUGUUGACAAUAGCAGGACAUUUUUUUUGCUGAACUCAUCCGAGCAGUUAUAAUAUAGGGAUUUAAUAAGUUGAUAAGUAAUAAGUACUUAAAUAUUAUUUUGAAAUCUAAGUAAAAGAGAAGUCUAUUUUGCCUGAUAUCUUUAUUUCCAUGCUGGGGGGCACGUUCUUUAUUUACCAGUUGCAAGCGCACAUUAUUGGUGGUCUUUCCAGUAGGUUCGUAGAAUAAUUAUCUUUUUCUUUAAUUAUUUUCCGUGAUAACCUGUUACUUACAGUUUGUAUAAUGACCAUAUCUGAGAUAGGUGGCAGGCAGAAUAGCACUGUCUGCUUCAAUCGAAAGCUUUCGAACUAAAUAAUUGAAUUUCUCUAAAAGACGUUGCAAUCUAAAGCACUCGCAGGCACUUUGACCAAAGGAGUCGGUCAGUCGUUCAGUGGAGGCCUGGUUGAUCUCUGCAUAUCAUUAGAAUGAUCAUGGUUCUCUGCUACCUUUUCAGGGAAGACUAGUCUAUGGAAUAGUGCUCUGAGCAAAUCGGGGAGGUGUUAGUCGUUAACAGCCCUGAAGCUAAUAGCCUGGUAAGCUAGAAGUUGAUGUCAAUUUGCUUUGAGCCCUUCAUUUCCCUUUUGCUCUUCCUCUCCUUUGAUUUCUUCACAUAGGAAGGUUUUCUAUUUGUGCUGGUCUAGGAUCGGUGUGGCCUUGUUUAAAUCAUAAUGAAUAAAUGAGGGACCCUGAUCCUAGAUCAGCACUCGUACUCUUGAGACUCUUUUUAUGAAUACGGAACCAGGUUUUGAACUGCUUUGAGUUCAGUUCAGUUUGAUGUCCAGUCAGUCAUUGGUCCUCGUUUCCUAAUGACCAGAUUUACACGAUGAUGUCAAAUGAGAAGGGCAAGAUGUCGAACCACUUAAACCAAAUCAAAGACAAAGGGGCUCUGAAAUAAUUAACUAUGUGUCUGAAAUGGCACUCUAUUCCCAAUAUAGUGCACGAGUGCUGAUAGGGGCCCAUAGGGCUCUGGUCAAAAGUGGUGCACUAUUAAGGACCCAUAGGACUGGUUAAAAGUAGUGUACUGUGUCGGGAAUAGGGUCCCAUUUUGGACGCCAGCCCUGUCUGACCAGAUGUUUGAUUGUCUCGUAAAUAAAGAGGUGUCUCAUAAAUAAAGAGGUAUCUAUCUGCUGUAAUUAAAGUUUGUCUUAAGAGAUAAUCUAGGAUUAACAAUAAGUACCUGUAAUAUGAAAAUGUUAAGGAGAAUACUGCAGUCCCUUAUAGGUGUAUUGUCAGUGAUUUAUUUAAUUACCUUGUUUUGAUACAUUUCUCAUUGUUAGCGUGCCUUCUAUUCAAGUUUUGAAGAAAAUGUAGCAUGUUGAUACUAAUGAAUGAUAAGCAAUUCUUUAGUAGACUGUCAAAUUGUUAUUUGGAGGGUCAGCCGCAGCAGGAAUUAUGUUUGUGCUUUGUCUGCCUUUCUACAGUUUGAGAAUAUAGAAACGGAUGUGUAUUUGACGUAACCUUUGUUAUAAACAGUCGACGUAGUCCAAAAAUGUAGUCUCACUCAUAUGAUCAAGCUGUGUGUGAGUGAUUCAUAAAUAAACCACCUUUUGAUGAGAAGAAUAUGCAUAUAGUCCAGUCGGUGUUAACCUCUUAUUUGUCUGCAUUCGGAUGAUGUGAAAUAAUUUACUUGGCCCAUACAUUAAAUAUCUCUUGCUACGACCCAAAUGGCACCCUAUUUAUGAUAGCAAAAGUAGUGCACUACAUAGGGUGCCAUUUGUGACUUGGCCUUUUCCCCCCCAUCUCUUUGUAUUUUUAUUGUUUAGGGACCAACUUGAAUAUCUUUGAGAGACCGGAAUAGUAGUUCAAAUCAAGCUACCACGCAAAUAUUUCUAUGCAGUAAACUAUGUAAGUGAACUGGGGGUUGGGGUACAGGCAGGGGAAUGAAUACUGAAAAGGAUUGUGUUGCCAAUUUGAUUGUGAAAAGUUAAAGAUUUGCUUUUCUAAUUGUGUUCAUUUGUGUUUGUCUGUUGAUGUUAAACAAUUAUGUGGUUUACAUUUUAAUACUUGAAUAAAAAAGGUUAUGUUCUGUUUAUGGUGGUGGUGUUAAUUAUUGAUUUCAUAUGUAAAUAGCCUCAGUACAAAUCUGACAUUUAUGAUCACAUGUUUUUCACUCCAUAUUGCAAUAUUAUAGCAAGACUAUUUUAUUUAUGGUUGUAACACAACUCAACCCUCAGGAAGAUAUCCUAUUCCUUGGUUCACGCAUGGCAGUGCAAACUAUUGAAGUGGAACGUUACUGUAGCCUUUACACUUACAUUGUACCUUCUGCCGAACAUUAGCAACGGGUGACGUAUGGUAAUGACUAGAUGUGGGAGGCUUUAGUCCUCUUUCUGUCGACAGUCUUCUUCCUGAAAAUCAUAGUUCAGCUCAGACGAGUUGGUCAGAUGACUUUGCGUUUUCCUGUUUCUGCAUCAAAUUAUCUAUGUACAAAAUGUCCUCAAACGCUUAAUCUAUCAUGACAUCUGGAUUCUCCAACAUAGGCGACAGAUGUACUUCUGCAACAGAGCAGCGACUCGGCGCCGACGAGGAGGACCAUUGCAUAAUAUGCAUGGAUAGUUUUCAGGAAAAGAUAACUUUAAAAUGUUCUCACUCAUUCUGUUCAAGUUGUAUUGACUCGUUUUUAAAAAUUAAACCCGCAUGUCCGGUAUGUAAUAGUUUUUACGGGACCUACGAAGGAACGCAGCCCCAGAACGGGAUCAUGACAGUGAGACGCAACUGGCAGUGUUUACCUGGCUAUGAGGAGGGGAAUGGACAUAUCACGAUUGAUUAUCACUUUCCAGCCGGAGUACAAGGGCCUGAGCAUCCGAACCCGGGUGAGAAGUACUGCAGCACAUCCAGGACAGCCUUUCUGCCAGCCUGUGAGGAAGGAGAGAAGGUACUGAGGCUGCUCCAGACAGCCUUUCACAGGAGGCUCAUCUUCACGAUCGGGACAUCAGCCACUACCGGCCUCAACAACUCCAUCACAUGGAACGACAUACACCACAAGACCAACAUUAGUGGAGGACCACAGUUUUUCGGGUAUCCAGACCCGGGCUACCUCUCUCGGGUCCAGGAGGAGCUUCGUCUGAAGGGAGUGACAGAGGAGAGCUGACUUCACUGGAGCUUCAUGAAACCAGAACUACUCUUAGUUCAAAUUCAAUACAUAUUGUCACGCUCAGGAAUCAAACACAAGACGAGAAGAGCAGUAACGGUGUUGGGGAAGCGACACUGAAAAUCUAGCUUACCGAGCUACCAAUUCACACUAGAAGCUUAGCUGCCCUUAAGGAAAAAUAUAGUUUCCUUAAAGUUACUUUGAAAAAGUAGUACACUACAUCAAAACUACUUUGUGAAAAAUUAUCAAAUUUAAAUCUGAAAUGUCAUAGACUACAAGUUGCAAGAACAGAUCACUUUACUGGUCAAAUGUUAACAGAAUGUGUCAUUUGGCCUAUUAAACACAACAACUUCAAAUUAAGAAAGGAAGGUAUUGCCUACUUCUCCCAUAUUUUAUUUUCUUAUAGCAAAACAAAACAGUGUGGGUUUCCAGUAGUUAGCUACACCACCACAUGACAAGAAAAGUAAUUAACUACUGAAAAGACUACCUACCUACACUACCUACCUUUGAAUUCAGUUCAACUACCACCAAACUACUGUAAAAUGUAGUUAAAUUACUAGGUGAACGACAUGUUGUUCACUACUCCCCAACACUGAGCAGUUAUGAUUGUAGCCAACCGUUCCCAAAAAGGUUGGUUACAGACGUACAAAAAUAUCAUACCUCCAAGACAUGUUAUCCUCUCACCGUCACAAUAACAGGGGAGUUAUUUUUUAAAAUAUUUUUUUUGGGGGGGGUGAUAUUUGUGCAACUAGAAGUGUUAUGAAAAAUAUUUGAUUCUUAUUUACAAUAAAAGUGACUUAAAAAUGA